AUGCUUGCACCGUCUUUACCAACAGUCAGGAAGUCCUCUAGACUCUCACACAUCUCCUCCUUCCGCCUGCAUUUGCUUCGUCCUGAGGUUCCGACUACCUUCAAUAAUGAUGUCCAUUCCGUCUCCUCCGUCCCGUCUCAUGCUCUGGACAACUCUGAUGUAACUUCACACGCAACAAUACGCGAUGAAAACUACCGCCUUACGAAACUCAACUCACAGACAUCGCUCGGCUCCGACUUCUCCACCCAAACCCAAUAUAGAGUCCAGUUGGAGCUUACGGCUAAGGAAAUCUCACUUUUACGAUACACCUGGAACAGAAUGUUGGCAGAGGAGACCACAUACGAUCAAAAACCGGCUUAUCCGAUGCCUGGCUCCAUGUGGUCAUCUUCCAAGGAUAAGCCGUUGCCUACGCUCUCUUCACGCCAGUCGCUCGGUGCACUGUCGACCUUUUGCACCCAGCUCUACCUGAACUUGCUCUCCAUGGAUCCUGACUUGGAGAAAGCUUUCCCCUCACUCAAACAUCAAGCCACGUCCAUGGCAGGUGUUAUGCUGUUGGCAAUCAAUUCAUUGGACAACUUGGCUUCUCUUGACGACUACUUGAUGGAGUUGGGGAAGAGACACUCACGAAUCUUGGGUAUUGAGCCUGCUCAGUUUGAGAUGAUGGGAGAAGCACUCAUCCAGACUUUUACACAACGAUUCGGCACGAGAUUCAACAACGAGCUCGAGAUCUUGUGGAUCAAGUUCUACUUAUACUUGGCGAACUCAAUCAUUCAGUUUGGUUUGGAUCCAGUUCUUCGUAUGGAUGCCGAGGUGUAUGGACGGAAUACUUUAUAUACAGAGAGUGUGUUCUCGACCAGCACAGAUACUACGUCGUUGAUGGAUGCCUCGCGCCGCCGGUCUACAAGCACAGCAAUGACCUCGGUAGCCUCUGUGAAACCAACUUUGGACGCACCGAAGCAGGCUUCGGGACGUAAGAAGAAGCGUUUUGGAAAAAAGGGAGAUUGCGUGAUUGUUUAA